UUUGUGUGAUGUGAUCUUUAAAAAAAUGCAAGCGAUCGAGAUUUUAAUGCCAGCGAAAGCAGAGCGCGCAGGAAUCUGAUUUCCUCUGAAUGCGUACCUGGCUGCUGGAUGUGGGUUUUCAGAUUGCUUCGUGAAUAUACAUACACGCUGAACUGGGAUUCUUGGUUGAUUAAGAAAUAAGGAAAACAAUGAACAUGACUUCUGUGUCUGGAAAUAAGGACAGGGCUGCCGUGUCAGCCAGAAACCGAAAAUAUGGGAUGACAGAGGCUUUAUCUCCAGCCAAGUCAGCCUCUUUCUCUCCGGAGACCUGGUAUAGGAAAGCUUAUGAAGAAUCCCGAACCGGCAAACGCCCCACCCCCGAAGGAGCUGGCUCAGUCCUGGGCUCGUCUGGAACCCCGUCCCCAGGGUCUGGCACUUCUUCCCCGGGAUCAUUUACUGGCUCCCCCGGCCCCACUUCCCCGGGAAUUGGAACGGGCUCCCCUGGAUCUUUGGGUGGGUCCCCUGGAUUCGGGACUGGAUCUCCGGGCUCCGGCAGUGGGAGCUCCCCUGGAUCAGAUCGAGGGAUCUGGUGUGAGAACUGUAAUGCAAGGCUGGUGGAGUUAAAAAGACAGGCCCUCAAAUUACUGAUCCCAGGACCCUUCUCUAGCAAGGACCCUUCAUUCUCUGCCCUGAUUCAUGACAAACUCCAAGUCCCCAACACCUCCCGCAAGGCCUGGAAUGAGAAGGACAGCCGCUGUGACGUCUGCGCCACCCACCUGAACCAUCUGAAGCAGGAGGCCAUUCAGAUGGUGCUGACGCUAGAACAGGCUGCCGCCCUGCAGCAGCGCGACAGCUCUCCAGGAUCGCCCCCUCCCUCCAACAUGCCCUCACUAGGGGGCUCCCGCAGCGUGGGCGGCCAGCAGGGACCUCGGGACUGGUCUUUCAUCCCAGCCACCUACACCAGCCCUGGCUACGUGAGCUCCCCGCCCGGCAAGCACUCCAGCAAACCCAACAGCCUGGGCAUCGAGAAGAAGAACGGAGCCCCCGGGCAUGCUGGGAAAGCUAGCAGCCCAGGCAACGGCAACAUCCUGGCCUCGGGCCCCAUUCAGGCACAUCAGUAUCUGGAUGGGACCUGGUCUAUGUCAAGAGCCAAUGGGGUGACCCUUUACCCUUAUCAAAUUUCUCAAGUGGUGACUGAGAACUGCCAGGAGGGCUUGAGCGAGGCUGUUCUGAACCGGUACAAUGCAGACAGGCCCUCUCUGUACAACUUCUCCGGCUUACAGAACACCUAUGUCUCCAGUGUGCCCGCCGGUGUGCCCUCCAGUGGGACCUCCAGUGUGCCCGCCAGUGUUCCCUCCAGUGGGACCUCCGCCGCUGCCUCCUUCUUCGCCAGAGCUGCACAGAAGCUGAAUCUGUCCUCUAAAAAGAAGAAACAUCGUCCAUCUCCAUCCUUCUUGUGUGACCCCCCUCUCUUCCCCACCAACUUCAGUGCAAUUCUGCAGAGCUCUCCCCCGCCAGCACCGCCAUGCCUGCUGCGAGCCGUCAACAAAAUCAAGGACAACCCAGGACUGGGAAAGGUGAAAGUCAUGCUGCGAAUCUGCCCAGCCCCAGCAGGGGUCACCACAGAGUCCAGUUCCUUCUUGAAAGUCGACCCCCGUAAAAAGCAGAUCACCCUGUUUGACCCAGCCACCAACGCCCCCCAGAAUACUACGCAGAAGCGGGGCAGCCAGGUGCCACCGAAGAUGUUCGCCUUUGAUGCUGUCUUCCCACAUGAUGCCUCGCAGGCUGAAGUGAGCGCCGGCACGGUGGCGGAGGUCAUCCAGUCCGUGGUGGACGGGGCGGACGGCUGUGUGUUCUGCUUCGGACACACCAAGCUCGGAAAGUCAUAUACCAUGAUGGGAAAAGAUGACUCCAUGCAGACCCUUGGAAUCAUCCCCUGCUCCAUAUCCUGGCUCUUCAGGCUGAUAAACGAGAGGAAGGAGAAGACUGGUGCACGCUUCUCAGUCCGAGCCUCUGCUGUCGAGGUCUGGGGGAAAGACGAAAAGCUCAAGGACCUGCUUUCAGAGGUGGCUACAGGCAGUCUCCAGGAUGGCCAGUCUCCAGGAGUUUACCUCUGUGAGGACCCCAUCUGUGGCAUGCAGCUUCAGAACCAGAGUGAGCUCCGAGCCCCCACUGCGGAGAAGGCAGCUUUCUUCCUCGACGCCGCCAUUGCCUCCCGCCGCAGCAGCAAGCCGGACUGCGACGAAGAGGAGCAGCGCAACUCACACAUGCUCUUCACCCUGCAUGUCUACCAGUACCGCAUGGACAAGAGCGGCAAGGGAGGGAUGUCUGGGGGGCGCAGCCGCCUGCACCUCAUCGACCUGGGCAGCUGUGUGAAGGUGCUGGGCAAGAGCCGGGACAGUGGGGCUGGACUGUGCCUCUCACUGUCAGCACUGGGGAACGUGAUCCUCGCCCUCGUCAAUGGCAGCAAGCACAUCCCAUACAAGGACAGCAAGCUCACUAUGCUGCUUCGUGAGUCUCUGGGAAACAUGAACUGCCGCACUACCAUGAUUGCACACAUCUCAGCAAUCGCCAGCAACUUUGCAGAGACACUUUCCACGGUCCAGAUUGCAUCCCGAGUGCUGAGGAUGAAGAAGAAGAAGACUAAGUAUACCUCCAGCUCUUCUGGUGGUGAGAGUUCCUGUGAGGAAGGGAAAAUGCGCCGGCCUACCCAGCUGAGGACAUUCCACUCGAGGAACGUGGUUGACCCUGACCUCCCUCUCCUGCUCCUGUCCAGUGAUCCCGAUUACUCGUCCAGCAGCGAGCAGUCCUGCGACACUGUCAUCUACGUGGGCCCCAACGGCUCAGCCCUGUCAGACAAGGAACUGACCGACAAUGAAGGGCCUCCGGAUUCCGUGCCCAUAAUCCCCUCUCUGCAGAAAAACAAGUGUGAGCCAGAGAAGCAGCAGCCGCAAGAAGAAAAGGCUGAGAAUGCAGGAGGCAAGGACUGCCUGAAAUGCAACACCUUUGCAGAACUGCAGGAGAGGCUAGAGUGCAUUGAUGGCAGUGAGGAGGUCAGCAAAUUCCCCUUUGAAGAGGUUGCUGCACAAUAUACUGCAAACCUGUUGACAAAGCAUGAGCCAGUGCAAACCCAAGGGGCAGGGCCUCAGGUGGUAUCAGAAGCUCACAUAACUGAACAGCAACAGAUAGAGUCUGUGGAGAAUGGCAGUGUUGCCCAAAGCAAUGUCCAGAGCAUGUCUGCCAUCACCUGUCCCAAUGGAAACCAUUCUGAUCUAUCCUCAAGCAGGAGUGUCACAGGAAGUUGCAGCAUGCAGGCUAGUUCCUUACAGAGGGCUCAGAGUUCCACCCUGCACAGCAGCAAGGAAUCUCUGACCACUAACAGCUCUGGAGAAACAAAACCAAGGCCCUUGGGCUCUCCCAGACUGGGCAUUGCCAGCCUAACCAAGACAUCUGAGUAUAAGCCUCCCUCUUCCCCAUCUCAGAGAUGUAAGGUGUACACACAGAAGGGAGUACUGCCCUGCCCAGCCCCACUACCACCCCAAAGUCUGGGCAAGGAAAAUGGUAAAUCCUCUACCGAGUCUUUGCUGGAGCCUGAAGUCAGGACUUCCCCUGUGGGUAUGAGCCCCCAGGUCAUAAAGAAGUCUUCUGUUCCUAUAAAUGGAAGCUCUGCUGAGACAACCUUCUCAGAAAAUCAACAGUCUCAGCCAGAGACCAAGAAGGAGGUCAACAGUACCACCACAGUGACAGUUCAGCAGCCCCUGGAGCUGAAUGGGGAAGACGAGCUGGUGUUCACGCUGGUUGAAGAGCUGACAAUCGGUAUGCUGGAAAAUGGACGCCCCACGAGCAUAAUCAGCUUUAACAGCGACUGCUCAGUCCAGGCCAUGGCCUCUGGCUCACGGCCUGUCAGUAUCAUCAGUAGCAUCAGUGAAGACCCUGAGAGCUACAAAAGUGCUGCCACUUCCACCACUGCUACCAUUUCUGAUGUCAGCACCACACAGUUCUUGCCAGUCCCCAAAGGUGAAGGGGAAGCCUUGACCACAAAUAGCCAUCGUUCCUCCAUCAGCUCUUGGCUGAGUGAAAUGAGCACUGGCAGUGAUGGAGAGCAGUCCUGUCAUAGCUUUGUCACCCAGCCAUGCUACGGGCAAGGGGAGUCCCUGGCAGAACCUCAUCUGACUGAUUUCCCAGAAGAAAUUCAGGGCGAAAGCCUUCUCUACCUGAACGGGGGAAAGAACUCAAUUGCUGACAACCUAUUUGCUGCAGUCGAGACGGCUGCUGAGAAGAGCCACCCCAUCAAGGCUUCCCCACCAAAAAACUGUCAAAUAUCAACUUUGGACAAAACUGCAGUCACCGUCUCUAAUGUGUCAAGCUUGGGUGUCUCAGAUGGCUACAUGCCCAUCGUCACUGUUCAUCCCUGCAUCACAGUCAACACAAGGGUCCUGCAGGAUCUCACUAAAGUCAGCCCAGGCAUUAACGUCCCUCAAACUGUAGAUAACAAGGUGGCAGUAUUCCCUAUCUCCAAUUACAUCAAGUUUGAUGAUCCCUGGCUUAAAAGAGAAGAUGAGGACACGAAAGCUGUAGAUGUCAUAUGUGAGGCCAAACGAGAAAAAAGGUCCUCUGAUCCAAUAAAGGUGUGGAACUCGGCUGACCGAUUCAGUUCCAGUAGUGGGGAGGCAGCCAACUCCCCUAUAUAUUCUGACAGCCUGAGGAGGGUGGUUGAUGGGUGCGAGAUGACCUUGUCCAGUUCUGGUAGCCAGAGUCCCAUUUAUUCCUAUGAGGUCCUCAGGACAGGAAGCCUGCCCAGGGGAUGGCACCGCUUGAACAGACAAGAGAAUCUUGAAGAUACCUCCCUUGGGUUCAUGGGUGCUGAGUGUAGUGGUAUAGGGGCUGCCUCCUCAACUCCUUGCAGCCCAAGGGCCACUCUGGAAAGGAGAGCAGCUUCAGCCAAGCAUUGCAUUCUUGCCAAGCCAAAAGGAAUUCCGCCUUUGCCUCCAGUUAGAAAAUCCAGCCUGGACCAGAGGAACAGAGCAAGCCCUCUGCACAACACAAGCAGCAGCUGCAGCAGCAGCCAGAGCCAAACACUCUCACUCUUGGGCAGCCUUCCUGAUGAUCUAGGCAGCAGUGGGAAGCUGAAAGGUCCCAACAUUGAAAGCAGCAGCAAGCUCUUCAGUGCCAAGCUGGAGCAACUUGCUAACCGGACCAACUCCCUGGGGAGGUCUCAUACCGGGCACUACAACUGCCUGUCCUUGGAGAGGGCUGAAAGCCUGACUUCGGUUGGCUCAAAGAGCAUCUUUGGAAGGGACAGCACCAUGCCAAGGGCUGGCAGGAGCUUGAGUCGUGCCUCCAUGUCCUCAUCCACUGGUUCUGGUGGCACCAGCGCCACCCCUCAGUCGCCCAAGGUAACCCAGUCCAAGAUCUCAGCUGUCACUAAGCUUCUCCUAGCCAGCCCCAAAGCCAGAAGUAUGUCAGCUUCCAGCACCAAAACACUGAGCUUUUCCACGAAAUCCCUCCCUCAGUCUGUCAACAGGAGCUCCAGCUUACCACCUAAUGGCAAAAAUCAGAUAUCCUGGUCCACCCAGUCCCUGUGCAGGAACCGGGGCUCAGGGCUGGUUUCCAAACUACCACUGAGAGCUGUGAACGGACGGAUCUCAGAGCUGCUCCAAGGAAGUGGUGCAUCUCAUGCCAGCCAUGUAAAAGGGGCAUCAGACUCCGAGGAGAGAGGAGGGCUUCCUGGAGAUGAGAAGCCUGUUGUUCAUACGCUGCCUUCCCCCUACAGCAAGAUCACAGCCCCACGCAAGCCUCACCGCUGCAGCAGUGGCCAUGGCAGUGACAACAGCAGUGUUCUAAGUGGGGAGCUCCCUCCAGCCAUGGGUAAAACUGCCUUAUUCUACCACAGCGGGGGCAGCAGCGGCUAUGAGAGCAUGAUUCGGGACAGCGAGGCGACCGGAAGUGCCUCGUCUGCCCAGGACUCCGUGAGCGAGAACAGCAGCUCAGUUAGUGGCCGAAGAAGCCUCAAAAACCAGAAGAAAAGAAAUAAUAACGGGACUCAGAGGCGUCGCUUGAUCCCAACUCUGUCCCUCGAUGCAGCCUCACCGGUCCGGAAGCCUGCCAACAGCCCUGGGGUACGCUGGGUAGACGGGCCACUGCGACCUGCACAGAGAGGUUCGACCGAACCCUUUGAGAUCAAAGUAUAUGAAAUAGAUGAUGUGGAACGACUCCAGAAGAGGAGAGGGGCAGGCAACCAGGUGGUAUUCUUCAGUGCCAAGCUGAAGAUUCUGGAGAACAGACAGCAGAGAAUCGCUGAGGUUAGAGCUAGAUACGAGUGGCUUAAGAAGGAACUGGAGACAACCAAACAGCACCUGAUGCUUGAACCUGAGAAGUGGACCAGUGAAUUUGAUCUGCAGCAGACAUUCGAAGUGGAUUCCCUGGAGUAUCUGGAAGCCCUGGAGUGCAUUACAGAGCGUCUCGAGAGUCGCGUCAACUUCUGCAAGGAACAUCUCAUGAUGAUCACCUGCUUUGACAUCACUUCCAGGCGCCGAUGAGGGGAAGGAGGCAGGAAUGCAUAGAAUGAGUGUGAAGAGUGGAAUUACUGGGGCAGAAGAAAGAUGUGGGUGUGAUCUGAGGAUGUAGAAUCUCCUGCAAGACUGAAAGAGCACUUUAGAGGAGUUUUUGAGUUGAUUGUAAACAUGGUUUGCUUGCUUGAAAGGAGUUGUGGAUGAUGGACUGCUAACAGAGAAGCCGGCAAAUGAAGAAAAAUAAAAAAAAUAAGGACUAUAAGUGCCUUGCCAAGAUUUCAAUAUCCAAGCAUUUCCGUAUUUGUGUACAGAUGGUUCUAGCUUAUGAAAAAAAAAGAAAAAAAAGAAAAAAAUUGCGGCUUGUUUCACUUGGUGUUUUAUCCCCCUUCUUACUUGCUGUUUCUCAGUAGUUUGUAUUUGUAUUGUUAUAUACUAGUCAGAAAACAGCAUAUUAACUAUAUAUUAACUGUUAAAAUGUAAGGCCACUCAGAGUCAAUGUGCAGUUUCAGAGAGUCAGUGUGCAGUUUCAAAGAGUCACUGUGCAGUUUCAGAGAGUCACUGUGCAGUUUCAGAGAGUCAGUGUGCAGUUUCAGAGAGUCAAUGUGCAGUUUCAGAGAGUCAGUGUACAGUUUCAGAGAAUCAAUGUGCAGUUUCAGAGAGUCACUGUGCAGUUUCAGAGAGUCAGUGUACAGUUUCAGAGCCACUGUGCAGUUUCAGAGAGUCAGUGUGCAGUUUCAGAGAGUCAAUGUGCAGUUUCAGAGUCACUGUGCAGCUUCAGAGAGUCAGUGUGCAGUUUCAGAGAGUCACUGUGCAGUUUUGGAGAGUCAGUGUGCAGUUUCAGAGAGUCAGUGUGCAGUUUCACAGAGUCAGUGUACAGUUUCACAGAGUCAGUGUACAGUUUCAGAGAGCCACUGUGCAGUUUCAGAGAGUCAAUGGGCAGUUUCAGAGAGUCACUGUACAGUUUUGGAGAGUUUAGUCUGUUGGCUGACCUGAACAGAAGCCAAGCCCCUCUGGACUGAACCUGAUCCCCUGCUCUACAAGGGAGGCAGAAUCAGGUUUGAUGAGCCAUAAAGGAGAAAGAGGGAUGGAAAACAAACCAAGCUGAGCAUUUGACCGUCCUAUUUUAUUGAACUGUUUUAUUUUGAAAAGAGUUGUACAUUUGGAGGAAGAACGAAUCAAACUUGAGACUCGUACAAUGAUUCAGAGCAAGGUCCAGCACUGAAUAUUCUGCAUGUUUCAGUCAACAUUGAUCAUCAGAAACCAACACAAAUCAAACAAUCACUGUACAUAAAUAAAAAAAAAGAUGUUUUAAUGCUAAAACAAUAUUGGUCAAUUCAAAAUGUGGUCUGUAUUCGCUCCAUCAGUGGUUCCCUUUUUAAAAGCUUUUGAACUAGUAAAUGGACGGAUAACUUCAUCACCUUCUCUUUGUUUUCAGGAACCUCUUUUCUCUUUGCAAUUUGCAUGCAAAGACUGCCCCUGAUUACUCUGGAGAUGCAACGCUUAGUAAGAGCCUCUAUUUCUGUAGGAAGCCUAGGGGUUUUAAUGAUCCACAGAGGUUCUUUACUCUCCAAAUAAAUACAUAUUCUCAAACAAGCCAAUGUAAGUAGACACUGUAUAAACUAGACGCAAACUGUCAGUAGCAACAGUUCAUGUAAACAGCCCCUUCUAUUUGCAUGCAGAUCAUUUGAGAUAAUUGUGAGAUGUGCAUUUCGCUUUGUUAAAUGGCUGCUAAUUGAUUUGUCCUGAACGUUACGCAAUGCGACAGUAUUUAUAAGACACAUUCAUAGGCUUAUCUCUUUCCAGAGCUUCAUUAGAAAACACAUUGGCUUUGUGUGGUCUUACUCAGUGGUGCAUAUACUUUAUUAAUAUUUCUUAAUAUCUGGUACUUGAGGCAGUUUCAGCUCUACAUGUUUAUAUAAAGCUUGUUUUCUAUAAUAAAUUUACCCACCCGCUGCCAUCCUCACCACAUUCCCACAGCUGAAGCUGCUGUAACAAACACACCCACAGCCAUCCUCACAUUCCCCACAGCUGAAGCUGCUGU